AUGUAUUUGAAAACACCAACAUUACAACUUCGGCACCAGAACACAGUAUACAUGAAUCCUAUAAGCUCAUUUUUCAGUAUAAGUUGCAUCUAUGAAGAUCUGUGGCUUCGUUCCUUAACAAGACCUGACGUCGCGUGGCCUUGAGUAUGUCAUCCUAAUAAUCUGUCUUCUUUGGGCUUUUUGCCGCCUGUCCUGUAGAGAAGUUGCCCUGAUUACCGCCCCGGACAUUUUGCGCCUUACUGUAUUAUUAUUGUACAUAGCCCACUCUUUCCUAAGAUCUCGAUGUUUUCAGGUUCUCUUUUCUCUUUUGCAAAAUUUCUCAUGUGCAUCAAUUCAUCAUGAGGUCCAGAUACGCGACGCUCGUUAUCUUUCCCAUUAUAGCCCAAGCCGUUCCAGUCCAGGAUCUCGCGGGUAUGUUGGACGGCGGUGCCUUGCCAGUUGAAGAAGAAUAUAAGAAACCAGCCUCAUCUUCUGUUCAGGCAAUGGAAAACAAUAUCAUACAACUACCUCCAGCGCAAAGCCCGUCAUCUGUAGCCAUCCCAGAGAACCUUCCAAACCCUUUCGGGGACCCCAUACCUUCGGUGUCUGGAAUACAUCUUAACGCGACUCCAGCUACGAUCUCGUCUAGCUCAUCGCAAGUGAACCCAUUCUUUCCAGGAGAAACGCCUCAAUCCCCUGAUGUGGAUACCUUCCCCCACCAUAACGCGACGCCAGCGACAUCACAGUCCCAAUUCAUACCUUUCUUUCCGGAGAUACCAUCGUCGAGUGCUGCAGCAGCGCCUGGCUUACCGAUAACGACUUGGCCCCAUGAACCCGCCCCAACUCCUCCAUUAUCGCCGAUUGCUUCCGCGACUCCAGUACCGAACCCUCCAAUAUGGCCUACUCCAUUACCGAGCGCUCCAGUACCGCAACCACCAGUAUCGAAUGUCCCAACGCCCGAACCUCCACUGUGGGAGCCUCCGGUAACGAACAUCCCACCAAACCCUGUACCGGAGACUACCAUCCUCGCACCGAUACUCCCACCACCGCCGCCCCCUCCGGCAGUAACGCCUGCUCCAACGUCCACAAUCUAUAGCGCCGUGAACUGCUCAACUGAGAUGGCGAAUGCGACUUCUUGGGGGCCUCAAGUGGGCGCCGCGAUCACGUAUCCCGGCGUGGUGAUCAUCAUGACGGGGAACGCUACGUGUGAGACUGCAAGCCCGCCGGCGGGAAGUGGCAAUGCAACGGCUUCGGGUCCAAAAGACAUAUUUACUGGAGCUGCAAGUCGUGAAGUCGGGCCUGACCGGUUGAGCUGGAGCUUGGUGGGCGCAGUGUUUGCGCUCAUGGGAAUUGUGGCGUGACCUGACAAAUUUCGAUUAGAAUAAGGAAAUACCCGGGCGUUUUGAGUUUUUCAAUCAUUGUACUUUUAGCAAUACAUCGACCUGUAUACUACUGUUAUGUUGUGACGGUGCACAUGAUGUCCAGACAUUGUGAGCUUCUUUGAAAUAAUGCAAACCACUCCAAUUGUUUCUACUCGGUACAGGUCUCGGCUAGCUUCUUUUUAUCUACAGGAAUUGCGUAGCCAUCUCAGCAAGGGAAUCCGGGGGCAGGUGACUUAUGAGUUGAUCUAACGAGACUAAAUGAAAUAAGAUGUGUGCAUCUAGUAUCCGUCCUUGCCCCACUUGUUGUACUGGUCGUGGA